ACAGUAUUUGAACGUUUGAAGAGCGGAUGGCGGCUCAGUGUUGUCAAACACGUGGGUUUUUUGUUUUUUUUUCAACUAAUAAAUACUUUUACAAAACACAAACAUGGUAGCUCGAAAUUAAUCAUCAUUGCAGACGUGACAAAUGUAAAAACGUUGAGAGCAUGGUGGGUAAGUAGGUAACUGGACCUGUAGCCUGCUGAGUCUUUUAAUGGUAGCGAUUUCAUUAUUUGGCCAACAGAUGGCAACAUUAAAUCCACAGGUCUCUACGGUGCUUUCAAGUGUUCCUCGUAAAUUAUACCGUCUUGUUUAUCCAAUAUGAAACCAUCGUUAACUCGUUCACUGCAAUGCUUGUAUAGCGUUUGGAAGUGAAGAAGGUACAAUAAGAAGGAGGUAGUAGCAGUUAAAGUCGAUAUGCCAUUCUAAUGAGAGCAUUUGUGUCUGUGUGCUUAUCGCGUAGAAAAUCGGAAACUCUAUUUAUUCUUUUUUCCGCCAUGACCUGAAUGCAUCAGUCAGCACAACUGCCAGUUAUGUACAGGUUUGUUCUACAUUUGACUGAGGCGGAGAGCUGGAAAGUUCGCACUGUUGAUGCAGUUGUUAAACAAGGUGGUCAACAAGUUUCUUUUAACGACCCAGCAGGUAAGUACAUCGUGGUUUAAACUGAAUUGUUUCCCGCUAUUAUAUAGAUGUAUAAACUUCUAUUGGAACAUGAAGAUGCAUCAUUGUUUUUACUGUCCAGUGGGCAUUUUCAUACAUUAGCUAUUAUAUGAGCUGAUACGUCAAGAUUGUUUUGAUAGUGUGUUUCUGCGUGUACUCACUGUGUUUUAAUUAUGUUCUAUAGUGAGAAUGCACGAUCCCAUCAUACCAUGGGGGGAUUUAAACCUCACCAAUAAUAGUGUAAUGUUUUCUAAGUAGGACUUUAAACAUGAGAUAUAAAGCAGUAAGUUUGCAAUGAUGCUCUUAUGUUUUGUUUUUUUUAACUGUCACUGCAAUAUUUCUGUAAUAUUCCAAAAUGGACUUAUCUGUGCAGUGAGUUCCUGAAUUAAUGAUAUGUCCAAAAUAGCAAAUGCUAUGCAUGCCUUACGCACUAUAUUGCGCAGGUCGGUCACUGACGUGUUCUCUCUUCUCACAAUAUGCUUACCAGGAAAAGUGCAUUCAGUGCUUCAACCAGAAUCUGGAUGAAGUCCCUUGGACAUCUUGUGGUUCUCUCCUCUCUGUGUUGUUUGAUAUCUGGAUACUCUGAGAGAGACAGAGUGUAUGACUUAAUGUCCAAAUACCCCCUUAUCGAUGGUCAUAAUGACCUCGCUCUCCAGCUGAGGAUACGCCACAACAAUCGGCUGAGCCAAGUUGACCUUCACAACGUUAGCAAAGUGGCCACCGACAUCACCCGACUCCAAGCAGGCCAUGUACAGGCACAGAUGUUUGCGGUCUACGUGAUGUGUGGGGCCCAGGAGAAGGAUGCUGUGAGGCUGACUCUGGAACAAAUAGAUGUGGUCAGACGCAUGUGCACUGAGUACCAGGACUUUGAACUGGUCACAUCUGCCCAGGAGCUGAGGAAUUCUGAGAUGAGGCAUAAGAUUGCCUGUCUAAUAAGUAUUGAGGGGGGCCACUCCAUUGACAGCAGCCUGCCAGCCCUGCGGAUGUUUUACCAGCUCGGGGUGCGCUCCAUGGCCCUGACACAUUCCUGCAACACACCCUGGGCAGAAUCAUCCUCAAAACUUUAUAAUGUCUAUCAAAGACAGAACAACAGCCUGACACACUUUGGGAAGGCCGUGGUGGAGGAGAUGAACAGACUGGGAAUGAUAGUGGACCUCUCCCACACGUCUUGGGACACUGCCUGGGCCACGCUGAAGCAUUCCAAGGCACCGGUUAUUUUUAGCCAUUCAUCUUCCUUCUCCAUCUGCAGCCAUGGCCGCAACGUACCUGACUGGCUGCUGCUUGAUCUGAAAAAGAAACAUGGGUUGAUCAUGGUGAAUCUCCACAACAACUUCAUAUCCUGCAGCGACGAAGCAAACAUCUCUCGUGUCGCUGACCAUUUUGAUCACAUUAAGAAGGUGAUUGGAGCUGAGUCGAUAGGAAUUGGAGGCGACUUUGAAGGUGCUGUGAGCUUUCCUCAGGGGUUAGAGGAUGUGUCCAAGUAUCCCGCCCUAAUCCAGGAACUCCUGCAAAGGAACUGGACUGAGAUUGAGUUAGCUGAUGUCCUUCGAAAGAACUUCCUGCGAGUCUUUGAGGAGGUGGAGAGGGUCCGUGAUCAGAUGACUUUGAGCCGGCCCAGUGAGGUCCAGAUCUCCUUAGAGGAGGUGCAGAACCCAUGCAGGCUGGUCCUUAGACGUCCUGUCCCAAGAGGGCCCUCUCAUCAGAGUCCCUUCUCCAGAGCCCCACAUGAACCAAAAGGUCUGCUAAUCCACGCCAUAGUUCUGCUGCUUUCCAGUCUACUUAUGAUAGAAUGAAUGUUUAGAAACUCUGUUGAGCUACACCUGACCAUGCAUCAUUUUCACUAUAAAUAAGGAGAGCUUAAUGAGAUUUCUGUAUCAAUUUGUGGGCCACCCAAGCACUCGACAGGUCAGUAAAGAUAAGGGGAGAAUCACUUUCUUCCCAUCAAUACAAAAAAGCAUUUAAUGUGUAGCCCCAUUUGGUAGGUCAUUUAAAAGUCGCCUCUGUAUAUACAGUAUAUUAAAAUUUACAGAACAUCAAUCCCAAAGCACUUUACUAUCCAUUUUGAAAUAUAUUUAUUAUACAUUUAAUGUGUUGUACCUGUGCUGACAUAUCUAUGAAAACCUAUGACAUGAAGGCAAAUGAUCAAUAAAACUGCUGAGAUGGCACCUUUAAGUUAUUUUGGAUUUUGUUUGUGAAGGUUAUUUUUUUUUGAUGUAUUGUUGACCAGUGAGCAGGAAAUAGGAAAGAGGCAGCAGUUAACAAACAGAUUUUUCUUUUUAUUUGAUCUUACAGAAAAACCAGAUAUCAUGGAGGUUUAGAAAAACAAAGUGCAUUUUAAUGUGAACUAUUCUGCCCUUUGGCCAAACAGGAAAAUGUUGAAUAUAGAAAUAACUAAAACUAAAUAUUUAACUUGGAACAGCACACAGCAACACUGUGAAGAUUUCUCUUGUUCAGAUAAAGAUUCAUGUCUCCCCAACAAAGACGAUAGGAAUUUGCUUCAGUGCACUCAUUUUGAUGUUUCAACACAAUGUGCCGGGUUUUGACAUUAAAACAAUGACAUCACUCUUCAAAAUGAUUACUCAUGGCUUCACUAAAACAUUGCCAACAUAAAGUUUCCAUGUAAAAAUUGGAUUGUGCCAAAACCUAUUUUGAUUUAAGUGAAGGGAAGGCCACACUCUUGG